AUGUCGAGACUAUUUCUUGUUCUGGAUACAGGGGCCGCCGUCUUGUUAGUGGCGUUGCUGUUUGUGGUAUACCGGGGUAGACAAUCGGCCCGAGGUCCUCUGCCUCCAGGUCCGAGGGGAUGGCCGUUGGUGGGCAAUGUAUUCGACAUGCCUUCCACCAAUGAGUGGAACACAUACAUGUCUUGGGGUGAGAAAUGGGGUGAUAUCGUCUCCGUAACGUUAUUCGGGCAGCACAUCGUUAUUCUCAAUUCGGUUCAACACGCCUACGAUAUGUUCGAGAAGAAGAGCAAUAUUUAUUCAGAUCGUCCAGUCAUCACAAUGGCAGGAGAAAUGGUUGGUUGGGAUAGGACGCUGGCUGUGCUGCGUUACGGUAAACGCUUUCGCGAAACCCGCAAGCUGUUCUCUCAGUUGAUCGGUACCCGGAAUCAUGCUGAGCGAUUUUCUCAUCACCUCGAGCAUGAGGUGCAUCAAUUUCUUCGUCGUGUUCUUCGUGAACCUACUUCGCUUCUCAAGGAGGUCCGGAAAACGACGGGUGCAGUGAUACUCAAAAUGGCAUACGGCUAUGAGGUUCAAGAAGGUGAUGAUCCUCUUGUCGACCUGGUCGACCGAGCAGUCGAAGAAUUCUCCAUUUCGACACGUCCCGGCGCGUUUCUGGUCGACACACUUCCUGUCUUGCGGCAUGUCCCGGCUUGGAUGCCAGGAGCUGGCUGGAAGAAAAAGGCCCAAGUCUGGGCCGAUGACCUCGAAAUGACAUGCAACGUACCAUACGCAUUUACACAGCAGCAGAUGUCGGCCGGGACUGCCAUUCCUAGCUUCACGUCUGCGCAUCUGGAAUCAAAUCCCGACCCAGAGCAAGAGAUCUUGAUCAAGAACGCGGCAGCCUCGUUAUACAGCGGUAUUUCCAGGUCACGUUUCAGCAGUAUCCACUUUUUCCUGGCUAUGACAUGCUAUCCGGAGGCACAGCGGAAGGCCCAAGCAGAGAUUGAUGCGGUCAUCGGCAACGAUAGAUUGCCUACUCUCGCGGAUCGUGACAAACUGCCUUAUGUUACCGCUCUUUGUUGGGAAGUUCUACGUUGGCAACCUGUCGUCCCGUUAGGAUUUCCUCAUUGCCCGGUAAAAGAUGACAUUCAUGCAGGCUACCUUAUCCCGAAAGGCACUUUAGUGUCUCCCAAUAUCUGGAAAUUUCUGCAUGACCCAGACACUUAUGCAAAUCCGUUCGAUUUUGAGCCGGAGAGGUUCAUAGCAUCACCCGGGAAGACGGCAGAGAAAGAUCCGCGUCAGAUCGUAUUCGGGUUCGGAAGGCGCAUAUGUCCAGGGAUGUACCUCGCUGAUGCAUCCUUGUUCAUCUCCUGCGCGGUGUCAUUGGCUGUCUUUGACAUCUCGAAGGUCGUGCGCGAUGGAAAGGUGAUAGAGCCCGUGAUCGACUACACGAGUGGGACAAUCAUUCAUCCACGUCCUUUCGAGUGCUCGAUAAAACCUAGGUCAGCAAAUGCUGAGGUGUUGAUCACGGCAAUGCACGAAACGAGGGAGAAGUGA